CGCCUUGGCAACCAUAGCUCAAGUUUACAAAAUGGCAGCCAAUUUAUUUCACGAUAAACUUUGUGUGUUGAUGUGUAUAGGCUGUUAAUGCUUUCAAAUUAUAAUGAUCUGUUUUGGCUGUGCACUGUAGAUCAGUUUUGAAAAUGAAGAUGGACGGGGAUGUAGCAGGAGUGAGAAUUUCACCUCCUGUUAUUGAGUUUUUCGAUGCAGACUCAGACACAGUGUACACUGUGAAUUUGACUGUUCAAAACAUCAGCAAGUUCAGCAAGCAGAUUAAAUUUCAUGGGCCUGAUUCAAAGAAAUUCGAAUUGAAAGUGAAAAACCCAGAGAAACCAGUGGCUCCAGGGCUGGAAGUUCCAGGCACCAUAUCCUUUACGACAGACGAACCUCUAGAUUGUCAAGACAGAAUAAUUCUUUUGGUUGAUGAGGACGUUAUUGAAAUUCCUAUUUUUGUCUACAGCCCCCAGCCUCUCCUGGAUGCAGAUGGAGAGGUUGACUUUGGAACAGUUGUCUGCAAUGGAAAGGUGCUAAUGAAACAAUUUUCAAUCUUCAACCAUGGAACUGUAUCUGGCACGUUCAAAUUACACUACAAUGGAGAUAAACCGGUCAAGAUUAUUCCAACAAGCGGUACAAUUAAACCAAACUCAGGCCAGCUUAUCAAGGUUGAAUUUAUUACCAAAAACACUGGUGCUGUCAAUGAAGAAUUAGAAGUUGAACUUGCAAAUCAAGAUCCUUCCACACUGAUCAUCAAAGCCAAUGUGGUUGAACGUUGUCUUGAACUUUUGUCUGUGGACAAUGAAGAUCUGAUCGAUUGUAUUCGCUUUGGAUGUACCUAUUAUGGCACUGAUAAGAUGGAGGCAGCGUACCUUUACAACAACAGUCCACAUGCAGUCAGUUUUGUAACUGUACUGCAAGAGGAUGCUGAAGGCAUGGAAGUUGGUAACGACCUUACCAAGUCAACUGUUCGUACACUUGCUGCAUCUAACCAAGAAAAGGUGCGUGCUAGUACCAACCCCCUGACAACUUUGGUAACUACAUUUCCAAACCAGGGCAGUUUAGCAGCUUAUGAGAAAAUUCCGGUGUUCUUCAGAUUCAGUCCAAGGUAUAACACCCUAAGGCAAGGUUGGAAAAGCACAGCAACCCCACCUCCAAGGCAGGACUUCUCCCUGUUCAUGCAGUUUGCUAUGGUUGGCAGCAGCAAAGGCUUCUCGGAAUCUCAAAGUGAAGGCCUUGGAAGCCCUGAAGGAGCAAAACUAGAAGUUGCUUUAACAGGGACUGCUCUUCCAGUCCUUUUGACACUUAACCCUCUCAUGCACUAUGACAUGGGUAACUGUCCAGUCGGAGAGCAUGUGGACACUCUUUGUGAACUGCGUAACGAAUCCACGAUACUUCCUGUUGAAUUUGUCUUUACGAAGAUAGCUCAGUUUACAAUUCAUCCGCAGUUUGGAAAACUGAGGCCAGGAGAUGUCCAGGAUAUCAUCAUAUCAUUUAAACCAAACCAGUUCGGGACAUUCAGGUGUAUGCAACUGAUGGAUGUUAUCGGAGCCAUGGCUGAUACUGGUGCAAAUUCACACCCUACUGAUGUACACCGAGAAGCAAUACAUACCUUGCACAUAUCACUCCACGGAACAAGCGAUGCAGUUUCCACCGAGAAGAAGCCCAAGUUCAAUCCAGGUAUCACACCAAUGGUUGUAGGUGAAGUUGGUCAGUUUGUCUCUGUGACAAUGGAUGAAGCUUCUUCAUAUAAACCUAGAGCUGCUAUGUUGAAUGCCCCGAAGACAGGACGUCUGCAUGCAACCAAGUCGGCCUCAGCAGUGCUCGAUUCUUCUGCUCUUGUUGCAUUUCCCAAUGAUAGGGCGCGGAGUGUUCGUCCUAGCUACCGUAAAGAAAACUACAAGACCAUCUUCACUAAGACUGAUCGACACACCUAUGUGGAUCCUGAUUAUGCAUAUGAUGAUGACGAAAUGGGAGAAAUUCAACGUCACAAGAACAAAUACAAUCAAUACUUACAGGAAUGCAGGGAGAAAAGAAAAGAGAAAAUAAGUUCCCAGGAGUUCAAGACAUUGAAUACUGCCAAGGAUAUUGGCUUGAAACCAGCAUCUGGACUCAGACCAUCAAAGCUUAAAGUUGAUGACAUCAAAAAUAUUGUGAAAUCUCCAACCCCACCGAAUAAUGGAAAUCGUAUGCUGAGCUCAAAGUGGCUGACUAACAAAGAAAUGCUGUCAACUAGUAGGCCUAGCAGUGGAGGCCUAAAUGCAGUACCUAUGACCCCUCAAGAGAAGAUGGACUGCAAAACAAAGCUUUCUCCACAGCACCUCUACCAAGUUAUCAUUGGACCACCAGUAAUUGAUUUUGGUCGAGUUUGCCUCAAGUCUACCAGUUCAAGAAGUUUGGAUAUUGUGAACAAUCUCAGCCAAUACAUCCACAUCCUGGUAGAGAUUGAUUGCAAUGAACUGCGUCAAACGAGCCCUCUGUCUCAAGUUGUUCCACCAAAUUGUAAAGCAGCACUUCCUCUCAUCUUUGAAUCCAACACCAAAGGAGCAUUCCAAAGAAAUGUCAAGUAUACAGUGAACGGACAUCAUAAAGAUCACAUUGUGGUGAGGGCAGAUGUUGUGCCCGUUGCUUUAAUUCUUCCUACCGAACUUCUGGAGAUCAAACCAACCCCAGGAAUGCCAGCUGAAGCAGGUCUAAGAAGUGUGAUUAGCCUAAGGAAUGAAAGAAAUUAUCCAGCAGAAUUUACCUGGCAACCUAUUCUUGGAGAAAGAGGAACUGCAUUCUCCAUCCGACCAGCAACAGGAACCGUGGACGCUUUCAAGGAUCUUGAUUGUGAAGUGGUCUUCCAUCCAUCUUUCCAUGCUCCAGAGGAAGGAGAAUUUAUCCUGCAGGUCCAUGGUGGUGAUGAAUUAAAACUGAAGUGCAUGGCUGAUCUUGGGCCAACUCAAGUGAUGUUUAUGGAGAGGCGAAUACUGUUUGGACAAGUACCAUUACACCUGACUACAACACAAACAGCAGUAUUACAUAACAAUAGCCACAACCAUGCAUAUUUUCAGGUUUUGGACCCGAAUCCUGUGCCAGGCCUGAUGGUUUCUCCAGUGCAGGGUGUUAUACCUGUUGGAGGUAACACUGAGCUCAAGAUAUAUCUUACUCCAGGUGCUCUCAUGAAAUUUGAUACUAGACUUGAGGUUUCCAUUCGGGGAUGGAAGACAAUUGAUUUAAGGAUGGGUGGAACAGUUGCUCCCCCUUCUGUUAAUAUAGAUAUGCCUGCAUUCCAAUUUGGUGGUGUUUAUUGUGGUUCUGAACUUGCGCUUCCAUUUCGACUGAUCAACAAGGUGCGAACACCAGCCAAAGCUGUCUUUGACCUCUCGCGCUACAGAGACUUCAUCCUCAAGUUUGACACAGAUGUGAUGGAAGAGACAGAGGACAUUCUUAGUCCAGGCAUCUAUAAGGUUUCACUUAGGAGGGAAGAGACCAUCAACUGCCAGCUUAUCUUCCGUCCAACAGAGGUAGCAUCAUAUGACUUUAACAUCAAUGUCACCAUAAACCAGGUAGAUCCACCUUCACCAGAUCCGACCCCCUUCCCACCGACACCAGCACCAUCAUCAAAGAGCAUCCAGCAUAUCAUUACCCCAAGGCCUAUGGUUGUGACCAUUGCAACCCCGAAAAGGAAAAUCACUGCCACUGCUCUGCGACAACCUCUGCAGUUGUCACACUAUCACAUUGACUUUUCCCUACCAUCUGGAUUCAAAGAAAGUGGCAAUGUUCUAGGACAAACAAGAGGUACAAUGCUUGUGAACAAUAGUGAUAAAGAACUUGUCUGGAGUCUGAAUCUGGACAAUUGUGGGAAAGCCACUGGAGAUGGUAUUUUCCGGUUCUUGAUGCCUUCUGGUGUGCCAUUCAUUUCUUAUAAGAAAGGAGGUGGAGCUGUGGGUGGAACUUUAACUCCUGGCGAGACAUAUGGUCUUGGAGUCAUGUUUUGUCCAGUGGAAGCUGGUGAGUACAAGGCUGAUGUUCCUCUCAUUCUCAAUGGCAACAAAGAUCAACCUUACCAGCACCUGAAGAUUCAUGGCACUUUGAAGUCACCCAGGCUGACAUUUGACCCCAUUGCUAUUGUCCUCACACCAGUUCCAUUAGCAACAGAAGUCUCCGCCAAUUUCACCAUACAAGCAGCUGGUUUUAGACAGAAAAAUGUCAUCGAUGUGGAACUUCCUGACAUUGAACUUGAAGAUGGCAGCACGUCCUCCAUUCUGGCAGUCUCCUUUCCAGAUGGUCAGACCAUCCAGCCAUGCUCUGUUGAUGAAGGUCACCAGGAACCAUUUAUCCUGAAGUGUAGGGUUACGUUCUGUUCUCCAAGACCAGUGUCUUUCUCUCAACCCAUCAAAUUUCUUGAUGACAUGGGAAACAGUUUUUCAAUUGUGGUUACUGCAACUGCAGACAACUGUUUACUUACUGCCUACCACUUCAUCGCCAAACAUCGAACUGACUACCAAAUUGUAACAGAGCAGGGACGUUCUCUUAAAGGAAGACGCACAUCUUCAAAAGAAAGUGUGAAUGUUGGGGAAGCAAUGAUCCUGCCGGUGGAAUCGCCAACUAGACCAUCGACUCGAAACAGUUCAAGUACAAGCUCAAGAUUUGGCGCUACUUCAUCUACUUAUGAUGAAUCAACGGCUAGUGUUACUGAGUCAACCUAUCGUAGCACUCCUCGUGAUGGUGCUGUGAAUCAUGCCACUAACGGUGGUUCCAGUUACGACCCACAGAGCCGUCUAGGCCUAGUGUCAAGAUCUUUAGGCUCGGCUGCCUUCCCUGAUGAAGACUCAGAGGAAGGGGUGUUUCACCAUGAAGUAUUGAUGGCCAUUCAGCGUUGGAUCACACUACAUGGCUGGGGCGGUGGACCUUGUCCAGCCACAGUUCCAGACACAAUGAGGAGUGGAAUCUCCAAGAACUCUGUGAAAGAUGCUGUACGGGAUAAAACUGUGCAAGGCAGUCCGGCAACCAACAACCAGAAGAAGAAAUUUGCUAAGACCAUCUUUGACAUGAUUGCUCAUUUGAGUGGACGUCCUAUUCCAGGUAUUCCCAUUGACCAUGCAUUGCCAAGCGACCCAGCUGAGAGGGUGCUGCAGCUACACUGGAUGUACUCCACAUUGUUGACAUUCCUAAGGAGCCAAGGUGCAUCUGUAGCUAGCAUUAAACCUGAAUACCUGUUUGAGCCAAAUGACUACCAGAGAUACAUGAAGAUGCAAUUCAAUAUCCAAGAGAAGCUUGAAUCUAAAUCACAGGUGUCCCCCCUCCAAGCUCUUCAGGUGGAUACUACUUUGGAUCAGGUGCUGUUUGAGUCUGUGUCCAAGAGAGCAUGGACAGACCUUCUUCUCCAGUCUAUCAAGGUUCUCAUUUUGUCAAGAGUGACUCCCAGGAGUUUGAAGACCCAUGCUGCGCCGGGGGGUCAGACACUACCGUCUGUCAAUGCCGAUCCCCAGUCUAGUAAUAUAUAUGGUGUCGGGGAGAGAAUUCUUUUAUCCUGGCUGAACCAUUAUUAUGAGCAACAGCGGCACAAGAUAUGGGUGGAAUGUAAUAAAGAGUCUCAGUAUCUUGUAUUUCACCGUCCAACAGGAGGAGUUCCUCCCUCCCGUUGGGUAGUGAAUUUUGACUACGACCUCUUAGACGGCUUGGUAUUGGCAGCUCUGCUGGCCGCUCACGUUCCAUUUCUGGUCAACACACACUUACGAGAUAUGUACACGCACCCAGCCACUGCUGAACAGUGCCUGCAUAAUGCACUCAAAGUAGUAAAUGCCCUUAAGAGUAUUGGAGUUGAUUAUGAUAUCCAGGCCAUAGACAUUACUGAUCCUAAUCCAAUAUCUCUAUUGUUGCUCUGCAUUCAUCUUUACCAACGCUUACCACAGUAUGUGCCCAAGAGCUCUGUAGACUUUCUGGGUUCCCUUCAUGCAACUGUUACGAGACAGGUUCGGUUGACAAAUCCAAGCAAGAAGCCUCUUAUCUACCACGCAUUUAUUGCCGGACGGGAUGCCCAAGACUUCCGAAUACCAAACAUAAAGCAGAUUACUGUUGCACCAAAGAGCAACUAUGACCUCAUGUUGGAGUUCACUAGUCGAUUCUUGAGACCAGCAGAGGGAGUGCUAGUACUGGUUGGAAGGAGACUUGGAUCAGCUUGUGGGACCACAUUGGUGUUCAAUUUGAGAACUUCAAUUGAUAAUAUUGUUCCCUCUGCUACAAUCAAAUGCGAAUCACCUUGCUAUGAGCUGAACAAAGUUGAAAUUGAAGUUGUAAACCCAUUCAACAAAAGUGCAGAAUUUCGUAUUGUCCUAGUUGAGGCAAAUGAAACAUUCCCCUCAAUGGAUUUAAAAAGUAAAACCAGCAGCUUGAUGAACACAAAGGGCGAAAAGACAAGGCCUAAGAAAGUACGGUCUAAGAUUGACCAUGGGCAGAGAAAAGAGCGCUCACCAACCCCACUAACUGUAGAAGAUAUGCAGACCGAAAUGGAAAAUAAGGAAACGGAUGUGAAUGGCCUGGUGAGUGCAUUCUUUUGUGAUAAGAAAUUGGUUAAAAUUGAUGCGAAUAGCGUCACAACAGUUUACAUUGACUUCCUGCCGUUCAACAUUGGUAAGCGCCAGUGCUCAGUGCUGUUCAUCAAUGAGGAUGUGGGAGAAUUCUUGUACUCGAUUGAGGCCACAGCUCUGCUGCCACUCCCAUCUUGUUUGCCAUUUACGCCAACCAAACACAGCGUCAGAAUAAGCAGUGCUGCUGCAGCAGGCUCAGGAAGAGGUCUGUACGGUGGUGAUGAUAGAGUCAUCUAUUGGCGUUGCGACAGUAAUCAAACCCUUAACGAGGAGCUCACCAUCCCGCUAACGAACACAGCAUACGAACAGGCGCUGGUCAUAGCCGCACAGCAGCGUAUGAAUAGCACAGAGAUAAAACGACGUCAAAAGACGGGCACCUUAGCCGCAGGAACAGUCACCGCUGCUAUUGCGGCUCUGGGUCUGUCAGACAGAGGAGUGAUUUCUGACCAGUCACUUACUUUGUUGAGUAAUAAGAAACAAGAGGGAAAAACAUUUUCUGUUGAAACUAGCUCAAGAUUUUUUUCUGCACCAUCGUCUGUAACCAUGCCGUCACCUUUGGAGUUGAAGGCUAGAUCAGCCCAAGAUGUCAUGAGAAAUGGUGAAAUUACUAAAAGGUCACCAGCAGGACUUGUUGGGUCAAAAGGUGUCAUUCUGGAUGAGGGCAGUGUUCGUCUACCUAUCAAAUUUGUCCCCAAAGAAGCGGGACACUACCCUUGCCAGCUAGUUCUUCGUUCCCCCAAAGACAUCAGAGUGUACAUGCUUGAAUGCACUGUCAGCCCAGAAGGCUCUGCAGCCCAGAUUGAGUUCACUGCCCCAGUACAUCAAUCAAUUACCCAGGAUAUUCCCAUUAUCAAUCAAACUAAUUUUGAUUGGCCGUUGAAUGCCUGUCUUGAAGGUGUUGGUUUCUAUGGACCACCAUUCAUCUUAGCAAAAGCAAAGCAAACCUCUUAUUACCCGUUGAUGUUCAGACCAUCCUUUGAGUCAGUCAUAGAGCCCACUCACACGGGCUCGAAAGUAGCAUUUGUACACAAUUUCAUGGGUAAGCUUGUUUUAUGUAACACUGAGGAUGGAACAGAACAUUACUUCAAGCUGAAGGGAGAGGGACAGAAGCCACUGGCCUUGGACCAUAUCAUAAUAGAAUGUGACGUUAGAUCCAAUGUAAAGAGAAUGAUUCGCAUUCCUAACGUGACACCGAACAAGUUGAUCUAUCACGCUGUUUCUGAUCUUCCAAUCGUCAGUGGACCAUCUACUAUUACAGUCCUGCCUGGCAAAGAGGAGGAAUAUGUUAUAUCUGUAUCCCCAUGGAAACGAGGAGUAUUUAAAGGUGUUUUGUCGUUUGUUGCUGGUGGCACAGCAAACCUAAAGGAUGAUAAUGAAGAUGAUGUUGGCAGUCGAGGCAGCAAGCCAAGCAGUGGUAUGAAAAAAGCAAGCAACAGCACAUCAAACACCAGUUCAACAUCAUCAACAGCACAUGUAUGUGAUGCCAGAAAGGGUUACAGAAUCUGGUACUCCAUUGAGGUCCAAAGCUCAAAACCACCUCCAGAGAAAACGAUCAGUAUUAACUGUUCUGCUCAGUCCGCAGCAGUGAUGGAGGUGGACAUUAUCAAUCCAACUGCACAAGAUCUUACCUUUGAUGUCCUCAUUGAAGGGGAAGGCUUGAGAGGAGAUGCUGAAAUUUAUUUGACUGCUGGACAAAAGAAACUUUAUCAAUUAGUCUUCUCUCCAGCUGUCAUCGGUAAAACACAGGGAAGUUUGAUUUUCCAGAAUAAAGUUGUCGGUGAGUUUUGGUACCUGUUACAUCUUUCUGCAGAGACCCCGGGACCUACUAUACUGCCACACAUUGAGUGUGAGUUGGGUAAAUGGAGUCGUCUGUUCAUCACCCUUAGCAACCCCACUCUGGAGACUUUGGAACUUACUCCAUCAUGCAGCAACACAAACAAUUUCACUAUCGAUCUUGAGCCAGAUGCCAAGAUUGUGAUGGCGCCUAAUUCAACUGUCGAGGUUCCGUUGCAAUUCAUGCCGUCAUCACUGGGUCAGAGUAAUCAUACAGCCAAGGUGGCUUUCACCUGUGACCAGCUUGGUGAAUGGGUUUUCAUUGCAUCUGGUACAGGACUUACCCCGGCACCUUUGGAAACUGUGAGCAUUAGCUCCACGUUACUCUCAAACACCUCCCUCAUCAUUCCAUUCCGAAAUCCGACAAAUGAGACAGUUUUCGUGGAUGUAGUUUUGUCAGAUAACACAGAUUUGUUGCAGAAUAUCACAGAACCCCUUGAACAAAAUCAGAUCAACCCAGAUUCAGCAUUUUGCCUUCUUCUUAAACAUACCACCAACAUUCAUUUGGGCCCAAAGGCAACUCUUGAUAUUCCAUUUACAUUUGCACCUGACAACAUGCAAUUGCACAAGGCUCUUUGUGUUGUGUCGAUCCGUCGUGUAGACAGCUCAGAUUGGGAGUAUGAAAUACCGGUUGAACCCAAUCACCCUUAUGGGCGAAGGUAUGCUGACAAAACGGAAUGCAAAUCAGGCCUGAAACAGAUCCGAUGGAUCUACCCCAUCCAUGGAAUUCCUGAAUCCCAUCCGGUUAUUGAUAAGGGGGCUAAAAUAAGCUGUCAGGCUAGAAGCCGAAUUGAGGAGUAUCUUGAAGUAUCCCUCAUGGGUGCUGUUCCAAGCUCUGCUACUGGGUAUAGAUCGAUAAGAACAAGGUCCACCACCCCAGAAGACUUGUGCUUUGAUAGGUCUAAGACCGAUGGUGUAGUUGUCGGAGAAGGUAACAAGGUCACUGAAGAGUUUUCUUACAAUCUGAUGUAUAAUAAUGAGCAAGAUGAAGCAAACCUCAAGCACUGCGUCUCACUGACUCUUGUGAAGAAAUUCAGAGACAAACUAACUGGCAUUGUGAAUCUAGUGUUCAGUGUUGUAUAUGCACCAUUUAAAGUAAUGAGCCAUGAUGUACAGUUGUGUAUCUCAGUAGCAACUGGAGGUGUCUGGCGUUUCCCCAUCACAUUUCAAUCCACAGAAGCCACUGUCGAUGAUGUUUUUACAAUCGAAUCAGCUGGCCUCAACCGCGAGUCCUCUAUAGGAUUCAGAUUAACAAGCCAGAAGAAACAUCCAAUGAUGUUCACCGCUUACUUCUUGGCUGAAAGCGACCAGGAAUUUAGCGUCACACCACAAACUGGUGAGCUACAGGCGCUGGGAACAAAGGGAACUUUGAUCCAGUUAACCUUCAUUCCCAAGAUAUAUGGCAAAAAAUAUCGAGCAAAGCUGGUUGUACAGACAUCUGAAAUGCAAUGGACGUACGAUGUGAUUGGAACAACUCCAGAGUACACACCACCCUCUGGUCAUUCGCAAAAGCCGAUUGCAGGACCACAUAAUGUGCCGCUUAAGAGGGGUAAACAACGGAAUUUUGUGCGUGAUAACUUACGUCUCACUACCACGGCCGUUUCAUCGCCUGUAAAGGGAGCACCGGUCAUUGUUAAAGUAAAUAAGUCAGAUAUCUGAAUGUUGAAGAUUAAUUUUUUUUAAUGUACAUAUGAAGCAAUUAAUAUGUAUACAGACACUUUAAAUUAUAUUUUGUUUCUUAAUCAUAAUAAACUGUACAAAAUAUCUUCAAUGUUUGAUAAGUGGAGGGGUUCGGUUUUUGCUGUGUAGAACCUUUAUUGUUUAUUUUUGUUUCAUAAAAAGCAAGUUGUUUGCCUUUUAGCAGCAUGUUUUCAAUACAUGCUGAUUACAAUCUUAAUGCCUGUCUAUUAAAUAAUUUAUUUAUGUAUUAAUUUCUAAGCUAGUUCGAAAUACUGAGAUGCAUCCAGUGGCAGAUCCGGGAAUUUUAAAUAGAGGGGGCUUAGGGAAGGACAUUCAUAGAUAGAGGGUCCACCCACCUCAGCCCCACCAUGGUAGGGGCUGAGGAAAGAAAAUUCAUGAUUAUGGCACCUUUAGAUGGCCAGGAAUGGCACCCUUGAAUUUGCCACUGGCAUCUUGCAAUUUGUAGUAAAAAUAAAAUGUCUACAUUGGUAUUACAAUUGUAUAUAUUUGCCCAUACUAGCAAUUGUUGCAUAAACACACAACUGUUACACUUUUGAAACAAUUGUUAGUACAAACAGAUAGUAAAUUCUUUUGAGAGCAUUAUUUUUAGGUCAACAUUACUAAGCACAUUUGAUAUUAUUUAUAAUAAGCAUUCCAUAAAUGGGCAGCAUAAUAUAAUAGACUUAUCAUUCUGUUUUUUUAUCAUUGCCACAAAAAAAAGUAGAAAGAUUAUAAUCCUAUAUUAAAUGUGUGUUGUUAAGAUUCUUGCAAUAAUUCCUAUUAAAGCUGUUAAGGAAACAUGA